AUGGAGAACACGGGCUCAGCUGGUGCCCGGCGGUGGGAGUGGCAUCGGUGCAGCGCCCGGAGACCCGAGAAGGAAGGGAAGACCCCCCAUAACUCGCCCUUCUCACGACAGAAACAUGAAGAUGAAAGCGAGGCCUGGCUGCACAGACAGAACGAGGAGCCCGUCUUCUCCCGGGAUGGACGCACCUUUUUCUUUGUCCGAGCCGUUCCGCAGGGCGGCCAGGGAAAAUUCCACCACAUCACCGUGGCCUCCGCCCAGCCCAACAGCAGCAGUGACAACAUCCAGUCCGUCACCUCGGGGGACUGGGAUGUCACCAGGAUCCUGGCCUAUGACGAGCAGAAAAACAGGAUCUACUUCCUGAGCACAGAGGACCUGCCCCGCAGGCGGCAGCUCUACAGCGCCAACACCGUAGGGAACUUCAACCGGCAGUGCCUGUCCUGUGACCUGGUGGAGAACUGCACCUACUUCAGCGCCGCCUUCAGCCCCGGCCUGGACUUCUUCCUGCUCACAUGUGAGGAGAUGCUUCUGAGGCUUCUUCCAGGCUCUGAGGCAACGCAUACUUGCGUCCGUGACACUGCUCACACUCUGGUGGGCGUCACAGACGCUGAGCACAGCCCCCAUCACCAUGGUCCCGGUGUCCCACGGGUGACAGUGCACAACACCACAGACCAGAGAAAGCUCUUUGACCUGGAAACAAACGAGCACGUGCGGAGAGCAGUGAGCGAGCGUCAGAUGCCGACUGUGGAGUACAGGAAGAUGGUGGUGGCCGACUACAGUCUGCCCCUGCAGGUCAUCAAGCCGGCCACCUUCACCGACACGGCCCACUACCCCCUGCUCCUGCUGGUGGACGGCACCCCGGGAACCCAGAGCGUGGCCGAGAAGUUCGCGGUGAGCUGGGAGACAGCGCUGGUGAGCAGCCACGGAGCCAUCGUGGUCAGGUGUGACGGCCGGGGCAGCGGCUUCCAGGGCACCAAGCUGCUGCAGGAGAUCAGGCGGAGGCUGGGCAGCCUGGAGGAGGAGGACCAGCUGGAGGCCGUGAGGACCCUGCUGAGGGAGCCCUACGUGGACCGGACGCGUGUGGCCGUGUUUGGGCAGGACUACGGUGGCUUCCUGAGUACGUCCAUCCUCCCAGCCAAGGCCAACGACCAGGCCCCCGUGUUCCGCUGUGGGGCUGCCCUGUCCCCCAUCACCGACUUCAGGCUCUACGCGUCUGCAUUUUCUGAGAGGUACCUGGGUCUCCACGGGCUGGACAACAGAGCCUAUGAGAUGACCAAGGUGUCCCACCGCAUGUCAGCUCUGGACGACCAGCAGUUCCUCAUCAUCCACAGCACGGCCGACGAAAAAGUUCACUUCCAGCACACAGCGGAGCUGAUCUCGCAGCUCAUCAAGGAGAAGGCCAACUACAGCCUGCAGAUCUACCCAGACGAAAGCCACUACUUCCACAGCAACGCCCUGAAGCAGCACCUGUACCACUCCCUCACCAACUUCUUCGUGGAAUGCUUCCGGAUCCAGGACAGACUGCCCACAGUCACGGCGAAAGAGGAGGAGGAGGAGGACUGAGCCAUCGGGUCCCAGCAGGGAGUCUCGAGGGGGACGUUGCCAGCGCUGUGUAGCAUGUGUGUCUGGGGUCCGAGGCAGGUCUGCCCCCCAAGCAAGCUCCUUCCGGGGCUGGCGGUCCCUGGACCUCUCUGUGCCCUCAUUUCCUCCUGGCCAGACCCCCCGAGUGGGCCCACGACCCUUGCCCCGUGGAGCCGUGACCAGGACUGACGGCAGGGAGGCAGCCGGCUCCAGUCCAGCCCCCAGCAGUGCAGCUCAGACCC